GAAGCCACUGUAGCUAAAAAAGAAGGAACUCAGUCAAAGUGCUUCCUCAUGACAGAAUCCAGUCGUUUAAGAUUCUCCCUCGUCUGUUCUCUUCUCUUCUCCUUUUCAUCCUCCUUCAUACACAUCUGCAUCUCCUCAGUUCUCACAAAUCCUUCAAUUUGUUGCCUCAAAUCACUCAAUCAAUCUCAAAAGCCUGCACUCAACUACCGGCACUACCUUCCUGAAGCAAACCCUUCAUUCAAAAACAUGGUCUCUGUCAAGUUGGCGGCCAUUGGUGCCCUUCUGGCAACUGCCCAAGCCCAGAUUCGUCACCCCAAUGAGGACCUAGUUCUUGCCGAUUGUGGCAUUGGCGACAACAAAGCCCACCCUGGAUGGUCUACUUCUCGCCAGGUGAACUGGUAUCAGGACAUUCAGUGGCCUGACGAUGUCUCCAAGUUCCCCCCUCCACCUGACCUGGAGGUUGAAGUUCCUUACGCAGAUGGAACCUACCCCUGGAAUCCCAAGGGAACCACUGUCAAGCUGUCUAACGGUGUCGUCUGGACAGCUUACAUCAACCCGAGAAUUGCUGACGGUCAACCAGCUGGGUCUGCAGUCACCACCAAGGAAGGUGGUCAAGAACUUACCUGCUAUGCCUACCGUGGUCGCCCUGUCAGCGCAGCCAUCAACACGACUGUCAACGCUGAUGCGGUCUGCUUGACCGCCUUUGUCUGCAACCGUGAUAACCGCGCCCCUCCUCGUCCCAGUGGCAUGGAAAAUCCCACUUCUACCUUGGAAACAUCUCCUGCCCCCCCUGCCACGACUACUUUUGUCUCACAGCCGCCAGCAACGCCUAGUCCUACAGGUGGUGAACCAAACCCUCCGGCUGACCCCAAUGCUGGGAAGCUGUUUGUGUCUAUUCUCCUCAGCCCUCGUUUCAUCAACUGGCCAAACACCUGGCAAGCCUUCAUUGAGAAGUUCUCCUGGGAUCGGGACUCUGGAAAGUGUGUUACUGAGCCGGUGAAAGGGGACGGAUACACCAUCAACAUCGACUGUGCUGGCAUCCAGAUCGAUUCUGACUCUCAUAUGACGCUGAUAAUGAUCAAAAUUCUCCAUGACAUUGGCAUGAGUAGCACUUUCUUCAACCAGAACCCGACCGUGCCAGGAAAGCGUAACUCCACGGCGGAUCAUUGGAUGGUCAUGCCUGAGUCCUUCAGUCUCCAGGCUAUUGAUGUUUCUCAUCAGAAGACCAUCGGCUAUCUCGCAUACAACACAACAUACAACAACUUCCUCGCUGGUCCAUGUUCAUCUUGCCAAUCUGAGCGAUUCAACAAGGACUUCUUUGAUCCGGCUCUGGAAGCCGUCAAGGGUACUUACCCGCUCUACAACAGCUACAACAUUCAGGCCCAGUGCAGCCCCUGGAUGGCAUGCUGGUAAAAUGGGGACUGAAGGAUCUUUUUUCUGUAUUAAGUGCAAAAAUUUUUUUACGGCGCGUAGGUCAUGUCGGUUAUGAGGAAUGAACAAGGGGAUGAUCAAUUUUGGUGGUUUAUAUGGUAUUACUUCCUUCGCUUCUCGACAUGUAUUUCAAAGAGUUAACUCGACUCUAUGAUGGGCCAUAAUUAAAUCAUUCACUACAAGCACAACCGAACUUCGGUCAAGAUAUUUGUGACGAACCGAAUGAGGCCACUUCUCAAACUAGAUGAACAUCUCUCCAGGAGGACUCGCCAGUGCCAGUGAUGUGCUCUCCAAACAUAGCGCCAUGAACAUAAGCGUCACCGACAAGCUGAAAGCGGCUCUCUGAAGGGCCUGAUCUUCUAAGGACCAAGGGGGCUGCACAGCCAGCGACGAUCAUGAUUUUAUCCCCGGCCUUGGCCUGAAGAGGAACUAGACAUAAGUAGCCUCGAAUGGUUCUCGCAAUACGUCUGCUUGCAGCAAGAUUGACACGUAAUAAGGCUUCGAAGGGAGCGGAUAUCUCGGCCCAAGAAGCGAACUUGGCAGCCUUCUCUGAUUCAGUGUCAACUCGAACACUGGGGUCGUGGCGUAAGCCAAGCUCAAACAAUAAUGGGAUCAUAUCGCCAGAUUUGGGGAGGGUAUUGGUAGAGUCUCGAGUAUUAGCCAGGGUCCAAAGUGGCUCCAAGGCAUCGAAUUGAUCGUACAUAGAUGGGUUCUUGUGUUGAUAAGCGAUCAGGGCUUGGAUAGUGACAAGAAGCAUCCACUUAGAGAAGGACAUGGCUAGAUGUGAUGGUGCGGGCCGCUGGGAUAAGUCGCAGUCCAUAAUAAGAGUCCGCCAGAAAGCUUCAACUAUUGGUUGGCCCGUAGGUAUAUAGGUUGUGCCGCAGUGAAGAAGCAUCUUCAUCGUAUCGUUAAACUUCCCUUGAAUAACAUCAGACCAGCUCUCACCGAGCUCUUCGAUUGUACCAAGAUGAGGACUAAAGAUUUUAAUGUUUAGAUGGAGGAGAGACCUGUCGAUUGUAAAGUCUGCUUCUUCCCCCGCGGCGGCAUCGAAUGGAAGCAUUCUGGUAUAGUUGGGGCCAAGAACGGGGACGUGAACUGUCUCGAAAGAGGGGAUCCAGGUUGGUAAGUCAGCUGGCACGGCACGGCUGGUGAUACCGGCGAGGGAUAGGAGAUGUAGGGAUUUUGUUUCUCUAAAGAAGCUCAUGCCCAGAUCUAUAAGGAUGUCAUUGUUAGGAGAUUUGUAGUCUACAAUGACGUCGAGCCGAGGUCUCCCUUUCGCACGCUCCAUGAAGUUUACGAUUCCAAGCAGAGAGUAAACACGAUCUCUGGGAAUAGUCGC